AUGAGCCCGAUCACCAAAACCCACCUACUUGUUCUUGCUUUUGCAAUAGCAAUAAGCCCCAUCUGGUGCUCUCCUUCAUCUAAUAGCGAAGUGUUUCCAGAAUUCACAAACUGGCAUGUCUACGUCGUCAAUGGGUUGAACGACAACCAGACUAUGUCGGUCCACUGUAAAUCCAAAGACAAUGAUUUGGGCAUUCAAAAUCUGCCGCAAGGGGCAAAUACGACAUGGAGUUUCAGAACAAACUUCGUCCACUCAACUCUUUUUUGGUGCUACAUAAGCAAGGCCAAGGCCCAUGCUGCCCUAAAAGUCUUUUGGCAAGACAUCUAUCUCUUUCAGAAAUGCAAUUGGAAGAACUGUAUUUAUACAGCAAAAGAUGAUGGGGUUUACAUAAAAGAUUUUCCAAACGAUUGUGAUGUGUUUGCCAAGAAAUGGGAAGAUGGAUGGCGAUGA